UGAAACGCAGAACAAUCACACUCUCGAUUCAUCCAUUGCGAAGUAUUGUCGUACUGUGUGAUUUCGAUUUUCAAUUGAACCAAGUCCAGGAAAACUUUCCUUGAGCUAACCCAUACAAGAUGCAAGGAUUAAGCUUGGCGAGUUUAAAGAAAAAUCCGGCACUAAUCCCGCUGUACGUCUGUAUUGGAGUGGGAGGCGCAGCAGCCGUGUUUUACACGCUCCGUCUUGCCCUUCGUAGCCCCGAAGUCACCUGGAAUCGCAAGUCCAAUCCGGAACCAUGGGAGGAGUACAGAAACAAGCAGCACAAGUUCUACUCUCCGAUUAGGGACUAUUCCAAGGUCGAGAGCCCAGCCCCCAAAUACACCGAAUAAAUCUCGUGUGCCAGCAAGUAUAGUUCGGGAAAAUCACGUUCAAUGCAGCAACACAGUUAGAGAUUCAUCCCGAACUCCGAAAGUAGCAACCGUUUACACAGUAGUGAUGGUUUUGGUGGAAUAAACUAGAGUUUGAUGACCGAAAGUAACAGUUCGUGUUCGCUAUAAAUCAAUGAGAAUGACAAGCACCAACAGAUUGAUCAAAUAAAAGCUGGCUUAGAAAAAAGUGAAAAACAAA